AUGGUGCAGAGCCUUGGAGAUCAAUCAGCCGGAGAGAUCUUGCUCGACCUGGACACGGAGUCUGUGUCAGAUGACGAGCUGCACGCGGUCGGUCCUUUUGGUGUCUUCAGGGCAUGUGAUGGCCCCUCUUCUUUACGACUCUCUACUAGCUCACCAAGUGAUGACAACGAGGAGGAUGUCGAAGAUGUCUCCCUGGAUCUUCUUCAAGCCAAAGAUCUAUCACCAUUCCCGGCCGACUUCUUUGCGCAUCUAGCCCAGGAUCAGCCGUCCCCCUCCUUUGGCGCAGAUCUCGGAGGACCCGAAAAGUGGUUGAACAUUGGCAUGGCUAUGAACAUGCCCUGGGACAGCAGUGCCCAAGGUAUCGUGCCUGACGGCUUCAGCAUGCAGUUACUUUCGCCAUGCUUAGACUCACCGGACAACGACGUGAUGGAGGCAGUUCCGAGGUCCGAGUCGUCGCAAGUUCCAACUACGCAACCUGAUACAAGACUCUCGGACGUUGACUCCAUUUUACCUUCAGCUGACCUCAACUCCAGCAAUCAUGCGUCUUCCGCUCUCAGUACAUUCUCUCCUCCAAUCAAUUGUGUUCCCAGAAGCGGAACUUCGCUGCCACAACACGCUGCCUCCUUGCUGAGGUACCUCAAAACCAAGGUGUUUGAGGACAGGAAGUCGAUGUCGACCCGUAGCAUGUCUCCGUGGAAACUGUUGCUGUUGCCUUGCGCCCUGGAAACAUUCGCCGAGGUGUCCCUUUGGGACUCCACGACGCAUGCCCGCCGCAGCAUUCUCUCAACUCUCUUGGCGAAGAGCGCCUUCCAUCUCAGCAAGUCUACAGCGCACGACGAGUCGACAGCCUCUUUCUGGCUCAAAGUAGGCGUUGAUCACCACCACGAUGCACAAAAGCACCUCAAGUCUGCGUUGAAGGGUGAACUCGGGAUGAAUGCCAACUACGCAGAAAUGCUCAUGGCGAUCUUGGGAGUUGGCAUAGUUUCUGUAUACUAUCACGGCGCGCGAGUCGUGAAGCAGUUGCUGUUGGAUGCAGAGUAUCUCAUCCGCUCGCAAGGGCUACCUGCGACGAAGACCUUUGCACACCGAGUCCUGCACCAUCUGUACACGCAUUUACGAGUCAUUAUGGAGAGUACGAGCAUUAUGUCAAAGUCCGUGGCCUCGAAGGAUGGAGAGCAAUGGAGGUUGGCGUCUCAGCUGGUUCAGACACCGAUGCCGAGCCAGUUUCGCGUCAACGCGCAGAAUCUAGGUAAACUGGAUUCAACACAUCCGAAACCGGAGGACGUCGGCUACAACGACAUUCAUCUGGAUGUGUCUGGCAUAUGGCAAGCCACGCUAUACCCAGAAAUCUUUGGCGUGCCAGAGACACUCAUGACACUGCUAUCUCAGACAAUCAGUCUCGUCAACGAAAGACCACGCUUGCAAGCGGCUAGCCUGAACAAUCCCAUGGUUUCAGCUGCUCUGUCUCAACACAUCAAGACUCUGGAGCAACAAAUCUGGUCCUGGAGCCUCCAAAGAUCGAAUGCUCCUUUUGGACCGAGACCGCCACAGUUUCUACUGGACGAGGCCGAAGCUCCUGUUAAUAGACAACAGGCGGAAUCGAUGAUCCUGUCGAUGCACCAAGCCUUGAUCAUCUUCUUCUAUCGUCGAGUCUACAAUAUCAGUGCCAUGGUCAUACAGGAUCAAGUCAAAAAGACUCUCGAGUUCGUCCAGCCAUGCCUCGAGAUGGAACGGUUCGAUGCGGAUUUCUCCGUCAGCAUCAGCUGGUCGACAUUCAUUGCUGCUGCAGAGGCGGCCACCCCUGAUCUCCAGGAGCUUGGACUGCGGUGCCUCGAAGCAGUCGAUGACCGUGGAAUGUUUAUUGAGCGCGGCAAGCCGAGUGCGAUGGCCAAGGCUGUUUGGGAACAUAGACGCAGGACCAACGACUUCUCAUACGGAUGGCCGGACAUGAUGGCAGUGUGGAACCCUCAGCUUCGUUGCUCAGCCUAG